AUGAAGAACUAUCAAUUUUGUUAUCUUUCCCUUCUCUGUUCUGUCUGUUUAUGUCUAUAUUGCUUUACUUUUUCCUCCCUUCCUUCCUUCCUUCCUUCCUUCCUUCCUUCCUCCCUUCCUUCCUUCCUCCCUUCCUUCCUUCCUUCCUUCCUUCCUUCCUUCCUUCCUUCACUCACUCCUUCCAUCUUUCCUUUCACCCUUUCUUCCUUCCGUCCUUCUUUGGUUCCUUCCUUCCUUUUUUCCUUCCUUCUUUCUUUCCUUCACUCACUCAUUCCAUCUUUCCUUCCUCCCUACCUUCCUCCCUUCCAUCCUUCCUUCCUUGAUUCACUCACUCACUCCUUCCAUCUUUCCUUCUUUCCUUCCUUUCCUUUCAUCCUUCCUCUCUUCUUUCCUUCCUUUCUUCUUUCCUCUACUUACUCCUUCUAUCUUUCCUUCCUUCCUCCCUUCCUUCCUCCUUUCCAUCCUUCCUUCUUUCAUUCACUCACUAACUCCUACCAUUUUUCCUUCCUUCCUCCCUUCCUUCCUUCUUUUUUAUUUCCUUUACUCACUCCUUCCUUCUUUCCUUCCUUCUUUUCUUCACUUACUCACUCUUUCCUUCCUUCCUUCCUUUCUUCACUCACUCACUUCUUCCUUCCUUCUUUCCUUCCUUCCUUCCUUCUUUCCUUCUUUCCUUCUUUCCUUCCUUCCUUCUUUCCAUCACUCUCUCCUUCCAUCUUUCUUUCCUCCCUUCCUUCCUUCUUUCCUUCCUUCCUUCUUUCCUUCACUCACUCCUUCCAUCUUUCCUUCCUUCCUUCCUUCCUUUUUUCCUUUCUUCCUUCCCUCUUUCCUUCAUUCCUUUCUUCACUUUCUCCCUUCUUUCCUUCCUUUCUUCAUUCCUUUACUCACUCCUUCCACCUUUCCUUCUUCCCUUCUGUCCUUCCUUCCUUCCUUCCUUCCUUCUUUCCUUCCUUCCUUUCUUCACUAACUCACUCCUUCCUUCCUCCCUCCCUUCCUUCCUUCCUUCUUUCCUUCCUUCCUUCACUCACUCCUUCCAUCUUUCCUUCCUCCCUUUCUUUCUUCCUUCCGUCCUUCUUUGCUUCCUUCUUUCCUUCCUUUACUCACUCACUCCUACCAUACAUGCUUCUUUCUUCUUUCCUUCCUUCCUUCUUUCUUUCACUCACUCCUUCCAUCUUUUCUUUCCUUCCUUCCUUCCUUCCUUCCUUCCUUCCUUCCAUUAAUCUUUCCUUCAUUCACUCACUCACUCACUCCUUCCAUCUUUCCUUCCUUUCUUGUGCUUGCUUCCUUCCUUCCUUCACUCACUCACUCCUUCCAUCUUUCCUUCCUUCUUUGCUUGCUUCCUUCCUUCCUUCACUCUCUCACUCCUACCAUACUCGCUUCCUUCUUUCUUUUCUUUCUUCAUUCUUUCCUUCACUCACUCCUUCCACCUUUCCUUUCUCCCUUCUAUUCUUCCUUCUUUCAUUCACUCCCUCACUCCUUCCAUCCUUCUUUCCUUCCUUCCUUCCUUCACUCACUCCUUCCAUCUUUCCUUCCUCCCUUUCUUCCUUCCGUUUUUCUUUGCUUCCUUCCUUCCUUCUUUCCUUCCUUUCUUCAUUCCUUUACUCACUCCUUCCAUCUUUCCUUCUUCCCUUCCGUCCUUCCUUCCUGCCUUCUUUUCUUCUAUCGUUCUUUCACUCACUCACUCACUCCUUCCUUCGUUCCUUCGUUCCUUCUUUUCUUCCUUCCUUCUUUUCUUCCUUCCUUCUUUCCUUCACUCACUCCUUCCAUCUUUCGUUCCUUCCUGCUUUCUUUCCUUCCUUCCUUCUUUCACUCACUCACUCCUUCCAUCCUUCCUUCCUUCCUCCCUUCCCUCCUUCCUUUCUUCACUCACUCACCCCUUCCUUCCUUUCCUUUCUUCCUUCCUUUCUUCUUUCCUUCCUUCCUUUCUUCACUCACUCACUCCUUCCAUCCUUCUUUCCUUCCUUUUUUUCCUUUCCAUCCUUCCUCCAUUCCUUCCUUUCCAUCCUUUCCCCUCCCUUCCCCCUCCCUUCCUCCCUUCCUUCUUUCCUUCCUUCCUUCCUUCCUUAUUUAUUUACUUACUUUAAUCAUUCUUUUUUUUCUUUCUUUCUUUUCUUUCAGUCUCACUGUAUUUUCAUAUUUCCUUCAUUAUUUCCUUCCUUUCUCUCUUUCUUUUUUUUCUUUUCUUCCAGUCUCACUCUAUUUUCGAUUUAUUUUUUCUCUUUAUUUCUCUUUGUCAUCUAUAUUCCUUCCUUCUUUCCUUUCAUUCUUUUCUCAUUUCUUUCUUUCUUUUUUUACUUUUUAUUUCCAAUUCACUGA